CGUACUUUGGUUGGAAUUAUCAUGGAUUUGCGACGAGUGCUGACGAACAAAAAUUUCCAACGAUCGAAGGACACUUGCAUUCUGCUCUCAUGAACUCAAGAAUAAUAUCUGAUCCUACAAAAUGUAAUUUUUCUAAAUGUGGCAGGACGGAUAAAGGUGUUAGUAGUUUAGGACAAGUUAUAGCAUUAGAUGUUAGAUCAAAUCUUCCACGAGAUUCUCCGCAUGUAUUGCCAACUAUAUCAGUGGAUGAUGACAUUUCCAACAAGCAAAAUGACGUUAAGACUGAUCAAAAGCAGAUUGAAGAAAUUCCUUACAUUGAAACACUUAACCGUUUGCUUCCAGAUGACAUAAGAAUAAUUGCUUGGGCACAAGUAAAUCCUGAUUUUAAUGCAAGACACGAUUGUCGCUUUCGACAUUACAAAUAUUUUUUCGUAAAAAGAAAUUUAGACAUUGAUUUAAUGCGCGAUGCCGCAAAUCGAUUCCUUGGAACUCAUGAUUUUCGUAAUUUCUGUAAGAUCGAUGGGGCAAAGCAGAUCGAUAACUUUGAACGUACAGUACUUCAUGUAGGCAUUGACCUAGUACGAGAUCAACCAAAUCUCUCAAUAACGGAAGAAUUUUUUGUAUUUGAUUUAAAAGGAACGGCUUUUUUAUGGCAUCAGGUUCGAUGUAUGAUGGCUAUUUUGUUCUUGGUUGGUCAAAAAUUCGAAGAACCCUCCAUUGUAGAUGACCUCUUAGAUAUUAAAAAAACACCAGCGAAACCAAUUUAUAAUAUGGCUAGCGAAUUGCCUUUAGUAUUAUACGAUUGUCAAUAUGACAAUGUGAAAUGGUGUUACGGUCGAGAUGAUAAUAUGUUUAAUACACUUUCUAAGCUUUAUAAACAUAUUUAUGAACAAUGGUAUAUUCAUGCAACAAAAUCUUUACUCUUUUCAACAUUAUUAAAUGAUCUUGGUGGAAUGUCUUUGAAAAAUUUUAUUCAUCCUGGACAAGAGUUAAAAAAUUUUCUCACACAAAUCGAACAAACGCUAAAAGAAUUUGUUUCUUCGGAAAUUGGUACAUCAUCUGAUAACUUAUCGAGCAUUAUUACUGGUGGCGGCGGUAAAGAAUUGCGAGUUCGAAAUUAUGUAAAAAUUGCAAAUCGUAAGACAUCAACUCGUCCUGGUUUCUCGAUACGCGGAACUUUACCAAAUCUUGGCAAUGGCCAUAGUACAUGCGUUACUUUGGCAUUUAUUAACCCCAAUGGUACCUAA